AUGGCACUGGCAGAAUUAGGAGGUAGCAUGUCUAGGGCAAUCCAGCAGAUGAACAAUGCGUCCAUAAUCGACUUGUGCCUGAACGAGAUUGCUUUGUCUCUCUUUCAAUCUGAUGUACAAUUCAAUCUCGUUCGCAAAAUGCAAGUCAACAUCAAGAAAUUCAUCCAUAAUAAUCACUACUUUGCUGCUGGCUACGACAAGCCAUACAUUAUCCAGCAUGCUAUCUUUAACGAGCUUUGCAAAUUGUUGGACCCUGGAGAGCCAUCUUUUAUAAACUCCUCAGCCUCUGGGAAAACUACUGCAUGUACUCAAUUUGCUUACUUUUAUAAGAAAAAAGGUUGGAGACCUGCUAUUGUCUAUGCUGAUGCAUUUAGAGCGAGUAAUUUUGAUCAGUUGAUGAAGAAUGCAAUAGAAGCUACAAUUCCACGCUACGGAAGUUUUAUGGAAUCACAUCCUGUGAAAGCAGUGCAGAAAUGCAUUAAGAGAAAUUCUGAUCUUAUAAUUAUUGAUACCACUGAGCGGCAUACGGAAGUAGCUUCUCUAUUGAAAGAAAUGCGCCAAGUUUCUGAGACAACGGUUUUUUUAUUGCUUCAAGUUUGUGAUUUAGUUGAUUUAUGGACGUUUAUCAGCUUUAUAGGUGCCGAAAUAUUUUAUAUCGUGCAGAAACUAGAUCUUUUAGUAUUUGUUAUGGAUAAGCUGCAUUUGAACAAGCUCAGGCAUUUAAGCAAAGUGUUGAAGUUGGGGUGGUAAUUGUUACUAAAAUGAAUGGA